GGUUGCACGCCGGUUGUCUUCCUGUACCGCAGCCUAGGGAGCCGUGUUGUGGUGCGGACCGGCGGAGAGAAGCUCGGGGUGACGUCACCAGUCCGGGGUUCCGCUCAGACGUGUUGCUGCCGGUGGAGGUUUGAUGGCGGGGAAUUUCUGGCAGAGCUCUCACUAAUUCUACAUAGAGUCCCAACUUUUUUGGAAUUGGGGAUGUACAGUAUCUCACAGAAUUUACAAUGGAUUUUGGAUAAACAGGAUUUAUUAAAGGAGCGCCAAAAGGACCUAAAAUUCCUAACAGAAGAAGAGUAUUGGAAGCUGCAAAUAUUUUUCACAAAUGUUAUCCAAGCUUUAGGGGAACACCUUAAAUUAAGACAACAAGUUAUAGCUACUGCCACUGUUUAUUUUAAAAGAUUCUAUGCACGGUAUUCUUUGAAAAGUAUAGACCCUGUGUUAAUGGCACCAACAUGUGUGUUUUUGGCAUCCAAAGUAGAGGAGUUUGGUGUUGUAUCGAACACAAGGUUAAUCUCUGCUGCUACUUCUGUAUUAAAAACUAGGUUUUCUUAUGCAUUCCCAAAGGAGUUUCCUUAUAGGAUGAACCAUAUACUGGAAUGUGAGUUCUAUCUGUUAGAAUUAAUGGACUGUUGUUUGAUAGUUUAUCAUCCAUAUAGACCCUUGUUACAGUAUGUACAGGACAUGGGACAAGAAGACAUGCUGCUUCCUCUAGCAUGGAGGAUAGUCAAUGACACCUAUCGCACAGAUCUCUGUCUGCUGUACCCUCCCUUUAUGAUUGCACUAGCUUGUUUGCAUGUGGCCUGUGUUGUUCAGCAAAAGGAUGCUCGACAGUGGUUUGCAGAACUUUCUGUGGACAUGGAAAAGAUCUUAGAAAUUAUCAGAGUUAUAUUGAAGUUGUAUGAACAGUGGAAGAAUUUUGAUGAGAGAAAGGAAAUGGCUGCCAUACUUAGUAAAAUGCCCAAACCAAAGCCUCCACCUAACAGUGAAGGGGAACAAGGACCAAACGGAAGCCAAAGCUCCAGUUACAGUCAAUCCUGA